AUGCGUGAUCCAGAAUUUCGAACAGAAUAUCAAAAUAUUUAUAGAAACGGAGAAAUAUUUAAUGAAUUGGAAAGAAUAGAAAAACCUGGACAAAGCGCCUUACAAGUUUUUAGCUCUGGAACAGCCCCAUUAAUUGAUGGACCUUCACCCGAAGAAUUGGAUAAAAGAUACGAAGAAAAAUGUAAAGGUGCCAUUGAAUUGCGAAUAAAUGCAAAACCUGGAGCUAAACUUUGGGCGAGAGAAGCAAUUAAAAGUAUGCUUAAAUGUGCUAAUUUGGUAUAGGCCUCGGAGUAUAACAUCCCCUUUCAACUUACAAUACCUAGUUA